GUCCUUCGUUUUUUUUCUGGGUUCUUUUGCGUUUGCAAAGUUUUCUCAGCAUGUGAAUGGUAAUCUGUCAGAUAUAUCUUGCCAACAUUUUUUCAUUUAGAUUCAGGAUUUGACUGACCUCUGCCAUUUUUCACGAGCCAGUUUUGUAUACUCCGACUGAAAGCGGCAUGCCUUGUCUGCAGGUGAAAAAGAAACAGCAGACUGUUCCUGUCGAGGAUACAAGCCAGAAACUCCGUUUGGAGCUUCUCAAAACGUGGACAACAGUCGAGAGGCUCGAGAAGGCUCACACAGCUGCCAAGUCGAAGCUGGAGCGGCUGUCCAGCAGGUACGAGGAUGGCAGAUCCUUAUGGGAGUCUCAAGUCCAGGACAAGAUCACGUCUUCGCUGCAGGCGAUGAGGCACAAGCUCAAGGAGGAGAAGAACGCAAACAAGAGCCUCGAGCUUGCCAACCAGAAGCUGGAGGCCGAGCUUCUGGAGAUCCGCAAGGCCAUAGCGCAGGCAAAGAAGGACAUCGUCGCCGAGAGAAACUCCAAGCGGAUGAUAGAAGACGUGUGUGACGAGCUAGCGAAGGAGGUGGGGGACGACAAGGCCUUGGCUAUAGAGCUUAGAAGGCAGGCAUCGGCAGCUAGGCGAGAAGCCGAGGAGACGAGGAAGGCCUUGCAAAUGGGAGAGGUUUGGAAGGAGGAGAAGGUCCAAGGGAGGCUGGCAGAGGCGAGGUUUGGGAUAGAACACAGGAACUCGGAACUCGAUGGCGCCAUCGCUAGAGUGGAAGGAUUUCUAGACAACAGGAAGAAGCUGGUGGAGAAGGCUAUGGAUUCUUCCUCCACGGUGGUGGCCGAGAACAGCUCAACUGGAUCUAGUCCUCGAAGUUCCAGCCAAAGUUUCGAUAAGAGGAUCUACAAAGAACAGACGCGAUUGCUCCUGAAUGGCAGUGGAUUCCACAUGAGGAACAAGGCGUACGGUAGUGGUGGUGUUAAGAAUGGAGUGAGAACACCAGCGAUUCCAAAGAUCUGGCCAACGUCAAAGUCUCCAAAUUUUGAUUGAAACAUACCUAUAUGGUUGUAACCAUUGGUUGUCAUCACAUUAUUUAAAAGCAAUCACAAAAAUUCAUUGGUUGUCGUAAAA